UACAACACUUCAAACUUAGAGUGGACACCCAGCAAAUAAGGUUCAUGUAACAAAACUCAAAUGGUAGUUUCUAAACUUGAGCGUGAUAAGAGAUUGAUUAAAAAAAAUGUCUAAUUGGUUGAUGAACAUAUUUAUGUAAAGGAGAAAGUUCUCUGACCAACACUUGGCUGACUGACUGCUGAAAACAAAAUCUUUUGGGAUCGACUGCUGAAACAAAUGUGUUUGGACAACACAUAGGUUUGAACUCAGAAACUACUGGCUCAACUCAUCAAAGAUGCAAUCUUGUUGGACUUCCCUUAUUUUUUCACAGAUUCCGAUUCUCAUCCAGCAACGUUGGUCGACUUAAACCCCCAACACCGAGCCGUGCACAGAGCAGCAGAGGAGAGCGUCAAGCUGGUGAGACCACGCGCGACAACCUGAGGGGAAAGACAAAAAAAAAAAAAGAAAGAAGAAAAAAAAAGAAGAAAAAAAAAGAACUAUCGGCAGGCGCACGCGCGAGGUUCGGGCAAAAAAAACGGUGUCACGCAAAAAGGUCCGCGGACUGCGAGUUGGGUAGGAGACAGUCAAAAAAAGGCAAAACCCUGACAAUUUCCACUAUCCUGACAGGAUUAGCACUCGAUUUGAGGUUUGACAAUGUAACUAUUGAGCUCGUUUGCGGAGCCUAAAUGGCUUCUUUGGAUUUACCGGUAUGUGGUGAGAUCGAAGCGCAGCGACCGCGACGUUUUAUUGAAGCAAGUGAACUAUUCUGGACGAAUUCGUCUAAAAACACAACGAAGGCAUGUUACCUUCACCCCAGGUGUGUUUGUCCACCUUGGUGACUGUGAGCACAAUGGCUGUGCUUGAUCUUUAUCUGCUGGAACAGAGCAUGCUGGGGCGUGGAAGUAGGGCUUGGCCGGCUACAUGGGCAUGCACAGCAGUGGCGCUUGGUGAUCUAGGCUUCCUGCUGGCACUUCGGUUUGUUUCAGCCGGCGUGGCGUCAGAGGCUCGUUCACCACGCCGUGCAUUUGCCAGCGCUCUCUGGUUCUUGUUUCUGUCCUUGCUGGAGCUCAAGCUUUUCUUUGUGUGCCAGAACUACAGAUAUGAACGCCGGCCAGCUGACCCAUUAGCACGCAAGACCCUCACUCUUCUGCUCUCCGUGGGACUGCCCUCGCUCUUUCUAGUACUGACGGGAGCUGAGCAUGUAACACCGGCACAUAGGAAGCAGGAAGUACGUGCCAGGCUUCUUUGGGUUGCACUAGACCUGCUAGAUGUGCUGGACCUGCAGGCUGGUUUGUGGGAGGAGGCUCAGAGUGGUGCAGUAGUCCCAUUAUGGGUUGAUGGUGUUGUAUUCUUCUACUGCUAUGUGCUGCUACUUCUUUUGCCCUGUGUCUCCCUCACCGAGCUGGCACUUCCAGGACUGAGGCGAGCACACAGGGAAGCUGUGUACCCCUGGCUAAGUCUGUUUGCCAUUAAUGUGAUGACACUGGGGCUGAGGGCUGUGGGUGUACUUUGGUACAGGGACCCAAGGAUAUCCACAGUGUUUGUGGGGAAGAAUGUGCUGGCACUGGCUGUCAAGCUAAGAUCAUCUUGGGAUAUGCACAGGAAUGGUAGCAGUGGGGGGCAGAGAGAAGGGGGUGAGGGAGGAGGAAGAAACCAGAGCUUAAGGAUGGAUGCAGAGCAGGUGGAGCAAGGACAGGGUGGUACAGCUCCAGCCACUCAGGACCACACACUCUUGCGCACUCAUGGCCAAAGCCAUACAAGGCUUGAUCAUGCUGACAGCUCCCUGGGGUCUGCCUACAUUUCACAGGAGCUCUAGAUGGACAGAUCAGCUACUAUGGAUGAGCAACAAUUACAGAUUUAUCUUUUGGUCACCAUUCAUUCUCUUCAGUCUGGAUUUGGCCAAAAAUAAAUAAUAACUCAUCUUGUGAGCACAUUUUCUACUACAACUGAGGGUUGUGUUUUGAUCCUGUUUAAUUCACGAUCAUACCUGGAGAGUCAUUUCCGCUAUUCAGUGCCUUUUCUAUACCACAAAACAUUUCAUUUAACUGCAAAAAAUUAUUUUGACUGUUUUCCAUGUUUAUUAAUAAAAAAACUAAAAAAAAAAGAAAAAAAAAACCAGUAUCAUUAACACAAUUUUAUUUUGUGUGUGAUUUUUUUAUUUAAAAUCUCACCACUUUCUUGGUGUAUUAUAGAGAUGGUAUUUGUCCAUUUCCAAUGCUGAUUUCCACCAUAUAGUGCUUUGACUAAAGAAACAUGAAGCCAGGCCUCUUUUUCAUAUUUACCAUCAUUUUCAUAUAAAGACAUUGAAUUCAGUGUGUUUGAAUUUUCUAUGGCAGUUAAAUACCAACACUCCUUUUCAUUUUUAAUAUUGCAAUGGUUUUAUCAUAAAAAGUUCCCACCAUAUAUGUCCCAAUUAGGCUAUAUUUCACAGAAUCGAUUUAAAAAUAUACAUAUUUUUUUAAUAACUAUGUGAGAUAACUAUUUAAUAUAUGAACCAUUAUGCUACUGCAAUGAUUAAUCUUACAUAUACCAAAGCCAAUCUUUUCUUCAUAUUUCAACCCUGUUAGGUCUGUGCUUCAUAACAACGAAGGACUUUAGACUUAACAAUUUAAUUAAAUAUUACAUGUUUUUUUAAAUGUUGAUUAUAAUAAAUAUCUGUUUCAUACACCAUUUGAAAUAAAUAAACAAACAAAAUAAAUAAAUAAAUCAAGGUUACAUAAGCAUGUUUCGGUUUUGCUAAUACAUUGAUUAAAAAACUGUUUUGAGUCUGUUAUUAGGUUAUUAAUAAUAUAAGAAGAUAAAAAUGCAUGCAAUUGAAACUGCAUUCACUCUUUUUUAUAAGCCCCAUAAAACACACAUGACCCUGAUAGACCAAUAGACACUUAAUAGGUUGUAAAAUUGAUGUAUUUGUAUGUUGGGGAUUUUUUAUUUUAUUUAUUUAUUUAUUUAUUUAUUUAUUUACAAUUUUAGGUUAUUCCAAGCCCCCAAAAGGACAUAACUCAAUGAAUUGUGUUUGUGAUUAAAACCCCCAGGGCUGUGAGCAUCAUGGGUACUAAGUAUGCAUAAAGAUAUAAAAGAGAAAUUGCACAAAUGGGUAUUCAGAAGACAGUCAUAGCUAAAGAGUUUUUCAUUAUUAUUACAAGAGGAAAAAACCUUUGGAUCCCUAUUUGAGACUAACACAAAACAUAUAAAUGAGAGAGAGCACCUUAA